GGGACUGAGCCGGGGAGCAGGAAGCUGCCGGGGCAGUAGCCGCCGCCGUAGCAGCAGCAGCAGGGAAAGGAGGGACGCUAGAGGAACGCGUAGCAGGCUUGGUGCCGGCGAAGCAGGCUUGGUGCCGGGGCAAUGGAGAGUACAACCACGUCCUGGGCUGAAAAUGCUAGCACCACUUUGGAUCUGAAUGAAGGGGGCUACAGGUGCAAGUUUGAUGAGGACUUUAAGUACGUGCUGUUGCCUGUGUCCUACGGUGUGGUGUGUGUGCUGGGCCUCUGUCUCAAUGCCCUGGCCCUCUACGUUUUCCUCUGUCGUAUCAAGACAUGGAACUCCACCACCACCUUUAUGUUCAACCUUGCCAUAUCUGACACUCUCUACGUGAUCUCCUUGCCCCUUCUCAUCUACUACUAUUCCCACGGCGACCACGGCCCUUUAGCACAGCCCUCUGCAAGCUGGUCCCGGUUCCUCUUCUAUACCAACCUCUACGGCAGCAUCCUCUUCCUGCUAUGUAUCCAGCAUCCAUCGCUUAUGGGCAUUUGUUACCCACUCCAGUCACUGCAGUGGGGUAACGUGCGCUAUGCUCGCCGUGUCGCCGCCAUAGUAUGGAUCAUAGUGAUUGGCUGUCAGUCACCUGUGUUAUACUUUGUCACCACCAGCCUCCGGCCUGGGGGGGUCACUUGCCAUGACACAUCCUCCCGUGACUUGUUCAACGACUUCGUGGCAUACAGCUCAACCAUUCUCUGUGUGCUCUUUGUAAUACCCUUCCUGAUCAUCCUGGUGUGCUACACGCUGAUGGUCCGGCAGCUUCUGAAGCCCACAACAGGGCAGACCCGUCUCUCACGGUCCAAGCGCAAGUCACUGAGGAUGAUUAUUCUUGUCUUGGUUGUCUUUUCUCUAUGCUUCCUCCCCUUCCAUGUCACCCGUACACUCUACUAUGCCUUCCGAUCUCUGGAUGUAGGCUUGUCCCUCAACGCCAUCAACAUAGCCUAUAAGGUCACGCGCCCACUCGCCAGUGCCAACAGCUUCCUGGACCCUGUGCUCUACUUCCUGGCUGGCCAGCGGUUUGUCAGGUUUGCCCGCCAUUCUCUGCCGCCGGCAGCCAGCCACAAGAUGGUGCUUCAAAAUCCCAGUACCCUGGACAGUGGGCGGACUGGAAGCAGCUCAGCCAACAGUGAGGACAACAAGGACGCUCAGCUUUAGGGACAGAGUGACUCAUGCAUCUUAGUCCUAAGCCCUGCGUGGCCCCCGUGCUCUAUUUGGGUGAGAAUGGGGGGCAGUCAAGAGAAGGGCUAUGGGCUAUUUAGGCACAAAGGAUGUGGAGGUGUCCACUAGACGGAACAGGGUUUGUCCUUGGAGGCCAACCACAGGAAGACAAGAGGGAGGUGGACAUUUGAUGCCACCACCCUCAUGGCUCCAGGAUAGACCCAUGAUUGUGACUGGAUUGGACAUCCAGAGUUAGGGUUGGGAAGUAGAGGGGCUGCUGACUGGGAGAUAGGCGCCCUGGCUCUACCACUGCCUAGAUGCAGGAGCUGGGGCCAAUCACUCCAUUCCCGUCCAGCCUCAGUUCACUCUGACUAAAAAGUAACCUGUUAGUAUUUUUCUUUUUUUUUGGGGGGGGGGGGGCCCAUGGGGGUUAAGUGACUUGCCCAGGGUCACACAGCCAGUAAGUGUCAAGGGUCUGAGGCUGGAUUUGAACUCAGGUACUCCUGAAUCCAGGGCCAGUGAUUUAUCCACUGCGCCACCUAGCUGCCUCCACCUGUUAGUAUUUUUAAGGCUGGCAAAAGAUGGAAAAAAGUCCUAUAUUUAAAACAUGAAGUGACUGUGGAUGUUUAACUAGGGGAAGAUUUGAGGUAGGAGGGAGAAAUACUCAAUUGCCUUCAAAAAUCCAAAGAGCCAUCGUGGGAGGAAAGGAUUAGUGUUGGUCAUCUGGGUCUCAAAGGUUUCCACUUGGAGCAUGAUGGGACAGGGAGUUGAGUAAUAGCAAAAUUGGGUUCCAAAAAAAGGCCUAAUAAAAUUAUCUUAUGACUAGAGCUGUCCCACAGUGGAAUGUACUGGCUUGGGACAGAGUGGGUUCCCUCUCACUGCCGGUCUUUAGAAAAAGGCUGGAUGAACAUUUGUCUGGGGUGAUGGAGAAGGGGUUCUUGCCCAGGGACAGGCGGGCCCUUCUGGCAGUCAGUCGCAAUUAAUCUGUGAAGGGAUUGGGCUCAUUGGCCUCCCAAACCCCUCUCACUUCUGCUUUCCUGCUUCCAUAAACUCCCUCUGCCUGAUUCUCUUCUUCAUGCAUACUAAACCCAUGGUUUUUUCCUCCUUUUAAAAUUCAGGAGAUGGGACCAAGUAAACGCUAGAGCCCAAGGCUAACAUUCCUCCCUCCUGAGCCCUGGAAACAGGAGCACAGGGCCUUUGGACUGACUUGACCUCGUGCAUCUAGUUGAAGGAGAAAAUAUUCGGUGGGAAGCUUGUCCCAUUUUAUGGGUGGAGAAAACAGAGGCCUAGAAGAAAAAUAGAGAAUGUCAGAGGGGACCCUAGAACACAGAACAUAGAACAUCAGAGCUGGAACUCUCCUUUGAAGAGAACAUAUCAGAGCUGGAAAGGAUUUUAUAAUUAAAAAAUCCAAUCCACCCAAAAUGUAAGUGGUUAAUUAUGUUUAGGGUCCUGGGAUUGGUGUUAUUGAUAGAAAAAUAGGAGUAAAGGCACUUUCCAGACAUGGCGUUCUAGGAGAGUGCCUUCAGCAGGCUGGGUGUGGUGGGGCAGAGGUGAAUUAGAGCAGGUCGGGAAAGGCACCAUGAAGGUGAGUCUUCAAAUAAAGAUCACAACAUAUAGCAAUAGAGUCACCAGGGAUCUUAGAACAAAGACCUGACCCUGGAAGGGACCUUAGGUGCCAUGAGUUCAACCCCUUCAUUUCACAGAUGGGAAACACUGAGGCCCAGAGAAAGAAAGGCAAGUUUCCAAGGUCACACAAGAGUGUGGCAGAAUCAGGAUUAGGACAGAAGAUUCCAAGUUAUUAAAACUAUUCUAGGCAUGCUCCUCUCCUCUAUUCCUCCCCUUUCCUCCCCUUGCCCAUCCUGCCCCGAGACCUGGACACUUGUCUUCUGCUGCUUUCACCUCCACUGUCCCUAGUCCCAUGAAAGACUUAGAUGUGUCUGAGAGAGACCCUUUGUGUUCAGGGGUUUUUGCUGAGGCAAUACUUGCUGUCCUGUUCCCACCUACUGCCAUCUGCCUAUGAGGGAGAGGGAAGGAAAAAGCCCAGCAGCCCUCAGGGGCAUGGGGGUGGGCACAGGAAAUUGGGGGCCUGGAGGGAUGGGUUUGUGUAUGCUCCUGGAAACUAACUCAUACUUUAUAAAGAGGUGAAUGAACUUUGUAGUCAUUGAUGUGUCUGUUUGUCUGAGGACACCUGAGCUACGCCCCCCAAUGAAGAUUCAACAAUUGCCUGCCAUCUCCCCCAUGUGCCUCCUCAAAUUUCCCUUUUCUUCCUAAAAAACGAUGCUACCAUCUCCCUCCAAGAGGUUUAAUUUGGACAGCUUCCCCAGGCCCACUGGGUUGACAUUCUAAAGGUCAAUGGCUUCAAUGUCUAUCAAGCAGGGAUGUAGGGGAGUAUCACAUCCAUGUGAGUGUUCCCUUCCUUCACCUUUUCAGAUCACAACCCUUUCCUACCUUCAUAAAUGUCAUUGUUAAUUGCUAAGGCUGGUGGAAGUCAUCCUAUAGACGGUAACCAGCAUGUUAGCUAGGCAUGACCUCAGACAAAAUAUGCUGCCUCUCUCUUUUUUUUUUCCUAGUGAGGCAAUUGGGGUUAAGUGACUUGCCCAGGGUCACACAGCUAGUAAGUGUUAAGUGUCUGAGGCCGGAUUUGAACUCAGGUACUCCUGACUCCAGGGCUGGUGCUCUAUCCACUGAGCCAUCUAGCUGCCCCUUGCCUCUCUUACAACAUCCUUACAGGCUGAAGGUCUGGUACAGCAGGCCCUGCCUGAGCUGGUAGAGUGAAUGUGGAUAAACUCACCCAUAAAACACAAGCAGAGAGGAGAAUGGAUAAGAAACCAGAACCCAACAAUGUUAUUUACAAGAAAUACUUGAAACAGAAGGACACAGUUAAAAUAAGGGGCUGGAGCAGAAUCUAUUAUGCUUCAGCUGAAGUAAAAAAAGGCAGGGGUAGCAAUCAUGAUCUCAAAGUAAAAACAAGAAUAUACCUAAUCAAAAGAGAUAAGCAGGGAAAUUAUAGUUUGCAAAAAAGUAUCAGAGACAGUGAAGUAAUAUCAAUAUAUGCAGCAAAUGGCAUAGCAUCCAAAUUUUUUUUUUUUGGCAGGGCAA